AUCCUUCCUUUAUCCUCCCAACGCAUGCAAGAACCAAGAACAGCGCGCGGAUUACGAGGCGGGAGAUUUGGCGGCAAACCGCCGCGCGAGUUCAUCCAUCUCCGCCCCGUAAAAAGAAAUUCAGGGUUAAGCUGGAUGAAUGGAUGAGCUGUCCAAGGAGCAGAUCGACGAGUUCCGGGCGGCCUUCAACCUCUUCGACAAGGAUGGCGACGGGACGAUCACGACCAAGGAGCUCGGCACGGUGAUGCGGUCGCUGGGGCAGCGCCCGUCGGAGGAGGAGCUGCGGGAGAUGAUCGCGGAGGUGGACACCGACGGCAACGGCGUCGUGGAUUUCUCCGAGUUCCUCACCCUCCUCGACCGCAAGAUGCGCGGCGCCGAGGACGAGCUCCGCGAGGCCUUCCGCGUCUUCGACCAGGACAAGGACGGCUUCAUCUCGCUCGACGAGUUCCGGCACGUCAUGGUCAAGCUCGGCGAGCGCCUCUCCGACGAGGAGCUCGCGGAGAUGCUCCGCGAGGCCGACCUCGACGGCGACGGCCAGAUCAACUACUCCGAGUUCGCCAGGGUCAUGAUGGCCAAGAUGGACUCGACGGGAUCAAAACCAUCGGCGCCGCCGCUCUUCAAGAAUGGACUCCGGGUCUGCCGCUACCUUCUGGCCUUCCGGAUCAUGCAGAUUGGCCGGAGUAAACGAGGACGGCGGAAGUCACAGGAAAACAGCCGUGAGAUGGUAGGAGAGAAGACCGACGGCGAUGCAGAUCCCCCGCCGGAACAAGGAAACAAGGACAAGGACAAACGAGGAAGCUGCAUCCCCUCAUGUAUCAUCCUCUGAAAAUUCAGGCUUUUUGUUUCACCCUUCAGUUCUGAUUUACAGCUGAAGGAACAAGUGUAUGUAACAAGGCAAAAACAAGAAAUUAACUUCCAUGGUCUCACAAUUUACAAUGGGAACGAAAUGAUGAC